UGAGUAAUCAGUUUGUUUGAUCAAAGAAUACGGCAUUGCCUUAAGAAGAGAUCGACAAGAGUGAUGUGCAAAUUCAGGAGUCAAGUUCUUCCAAGUUUUUCCCACAACUUUCUCCUCAGUUGCACAUGGUAGGUACUGAUCCGCCCAUUUCACACGGGAGGACGGUGACAGAGAGGACUCCAAAGUGGCUGUGUGCAGUUAUUCUCAGACCCUGAUCUCCUGCUACUGUCUCCCUUACACUGCGGUGGUUAAUUAACCUCGCCUCUCCCCAACUUUCACAAACCUAACGUGUUUGUUGGGGCCGUGCAAGCCCUGGGCUGUUCUGCCUGAAAACUCCCAGAAUUACAAAAUUUCAAGACAGCAGGGGAAAAGUGAGGCCAUUUGACCCAAUUUAUUUUGCAGAAAAGGAGUCUGGGAUGGAAAGAAGGAAAGUGACUUCGCCAUGUCUUCUCUGUAGAUGUUUGUGGCUCAGCCUGGGUGGCUUAUCGUUCUUACUUUUGCCCCAGUUGCACACCCAGCCUAGUCCUGUCCCAAGCUUGCUCGGCACGUGCGAAGCGCAUGUGUGGCAGAGCCUACUGGCUGAAUACUUUUGCCCAAAGUAAUUGCCACCGUGUCCUGUACAUUCAUUGUUCAACAAAUAUUUACUAAGUGCCUAUGUGUUAGAAAUGUUGUGAAAACAUCAGGCAAAAAAAGGCUUUGUUCCUGUCCUUCUGAGCCCUUGAAAAGUAUCUAAAAGAGGUAAUUUUAGAUGCUGGGAAGGCUAGAAAGAAAUAAAAUGGGAAUAAUAGAGGUGGGAUGGGACUUCAGAUAGACUGGUAUUGCGAAACCCUUACCACUUGGUGUGUGGUCCGUUCCGACAAAACCCCCACAGCCUUUUGCUGACAAGAACACUGAAACUGAGAAAGGAGACAGGGUGGCAUAUAAGUCUCAGCGGCCCUGCUCCCUAACCAGCUGUUCCUGAGCGGCCAGCAGAAACAUAUGGCCUGGAUGAUGAAACUAAAGGUAAAGAAUGCAUCACCACGCGCGCGGUCCACGUCCCUGUAGGUGUCGCGAGGUGAGGGAGAAGGGAGGCGGGGUCUUCGACUAGGGAGAAGCAGCCAAGCAGCGAAUAACUAAAUUCCAAAAGCUUCAGGGGAAGGACAGCCGCUGCCAUGAAGUCGGGGUUCUCUGUCCCACGAGAGACCGCCCAGACGACCGCUCCACACCCCCUGCCCAUCCCAGUCCGGUCUGCGCCAGGCCCUAGAGGACUUGUAGUUUAUCCCGCUGUCACAGCAACGUUGGUACGGCCAAGACAACUACAAGACCCAGAAGCCAGCGCGCAGGUCCGAGGCGGAGUCGGCGGCGGUGGGUGUGCGAAUGCAGGGAGCCAGGAGGUGCGGGUGCCAAGCGCCAGGAUGCGGUGGCUGGCCACCGGGCUUGGGAGCUGCCGGGGCACACCUUAACCCGGGCGGUGCGGGCGGCCUGGCGGCGACAGGCACGUUGCAUACGCACCUUAGGCGCAGCCCGGCAAUCCAGCGGUGCAGCGUCUCCGUGCUGCAGCGGCGCGGUGCGGGGUCCCGGGAACCAGGGGGUGGGAAUCUAGACCCGGAGCUAGGCUGGCGCUGCUGGCCGAGAGCCUGGGGCUCUUGGGGGACUGGUGCCCACCCAGGGCUGUACGCGAUGUCAUGCUCUCGUUCUUUCUGGGCCAGGGUUAGCCUUGGCAGGUUCGCGAUGCAGCGUGCGGCGGUGCUGGUGCGGCGGGGCCCCUGGGGCCGUAGUCACAGCAGCGCUGCAGCUGAAGCCUCGGCGGCGCUCAAGGUGCGUCCGGAGCGCAGCCCUCGGGACCGCAUCCUCACCUUGGAGUCCAUGAACCCGCAGGUGAAGGCGGUGGAGUACGCUGUGCGCGGACCCAUCGUGCUCAAGGCCGGCGAGAUCGAGAUGGAGCUGCAACGGGGUAUCAAAAAGCCAUUCACCGAGGUAAUCCGAGCCAACAUUGGGGAUGCCCAUGCUAUGGGCCAGCAGCCAAUCACCUUCCUCCGUCAGGUGAUGGCACUCUGCACCUACCCAAAUCUGCUAAACAGCCCCAGCUUCCCAGAAGAUGCUAAGAAACGAGCCCGGCGGAUCCUGCAGGCUUGUGGUGGAAACAGCUUGGGAUCUUACAGUGCCAGCCAGGGUGUUAACUGUAUCCGGGAAGACGUGGCAGCCUUUAUCACAAGGAGAGAUGGUGUGCCUGCAGACCCGGACAACAUUUACCUGACCACUGGAGCUAGCGAUGGUAUUUCUACGAUCCUGAAGCUCCUGGUCUCUGGGGGUGGCAGGUCGCGGACAGGGGUGAUGAUCCCCAUCCCACAGUAUCCCCUGUACUCUGCCGUCAUCUCCGAGCUCGACGCUGUCCAGGUGAACUACUAUCUAGAUGAGGAAAACUGCUGGGCUUUGAAUGUGGAUGAGCUACGGCGGGCAGUGCAACAAGCCAAAGACCACUGUGACCCCAAAGUUCUCUGCAUUAUCAACCCCGGAAACCCCACAGGCCAGGUACAAAGCAGAAAGUGCAUAGAAGAUGUGAUUCACUUUGCCUGGGAAGAGAAGCUUUUUCUCCUGGCUGAUGAGGUGUACCAGGACAAUGUGUACUCUCCGGACUGUAGAUUCCACUCCUUUAAGAAAGUGCUCUACCAGAUGGGGCAGGAGUACUCCAGCAACGUGGAGCUCGCCUCCUUCCACUCUACCUCCAAGGGCUACAUGGGCGAGUGUGGCUACAGAGGGGGCUACAUGGAGGUGAUCAAUUUGCACCCUGAGAUCAAAGGCCAGCUGGUGAAGCUACUCUCAGUUCGUCUCUGCCCACCAGUGUCCGGACAGGCCGCGAUGGACAUCGUUGUGAAUCCCCCAGUACCAGGAGAGGAGUCCUUUGAGCAGUUCAGCAGGGAAAAAGAAUUCGUCCUCGGUAAUCUGGCCAAAAAAGCGAAGCUGACAGAAGAUCUGUUUAACCAAGUCCCGGGGAUUCAGUGCAACCCCUUGCAAGGAGCUAUGUAUGCUUUUCCUCGGAUUCUCAUUCCUACCAAGGCUGUGGAGGCAGCUCAGUCCCAUAAAAUGGCUCCAGACAUGUUUUACUGCAUGAAGCUCCUAGAGGAGACAGGCAUCUGUGUCGUGCCUGGCAGUGGCUUUGGGCAGCGAGAAGGCACUUACCACUUCAGAAUGACGAUUCUCCCUCCAGUGGAGAAACUGAAGACAGUGCUCCACAAGGUGAAAGAUUUUCACCUCAAGUUCCUGGAGAAGUAUGCGUGAGGAUGCCUCAGGAGCCUGAGGGAGACCUCCUCUUGGCUCUCCGUCCCAAUACUACCUGGGUCUUCCUCAUGGACUCUGCCUCAGACUGCACAACAGGUUACCAACCCUGUUCGUCAUGAUUUUUCCCAGGAGACUUCUUUCUUUGUGCCUUGAUGUUGAAAGUUCUCUUCCGAGCAAGUGGGGCUUUUGCAAUGUCGUGCAGGCCCUGUGUUCUUUAAUGCAACCAGACUGAGUCAACUUGUUCAGCAGACAUAGCUGGAAUUCUCUGGAUCACCUAUCGCUGUUGUGUUUGGAGAGUUCCUUUGGGUUCUAAGCAGCCAGGGUACAUUGAGAUGAGAUAUUUCAGAUCUGGAGAAACCAGCAGGUAUUAGAAAAUAUGUGACUUAACAUGGUAAGGACUGGAAAUCCAGAAACUGACAGUGGGAUCCAUGAAAUAAGGCCCUUAGCAGUGUGAAAAUGUAGAGUUUUGAGAACAGUAAAUCUGCAAGUGCAGUGAGGACUAGGAGAAAGCUUGUCAUUCUGGUCUGGGGCUAGGCAGCUCUUCACGGACAAGAAUAUUGAAGCCAGUAGUAAGAGAGGGGUCACAUCAGAUACAAGGUUACUGAACACAGAGUUGGCGGGGGCCAUGCCUAGGUUAGAGUUCCUGAGUGGAACUGGGUGUAAAGCAGGCUGCGAGUUCAACUUGUGUCUUCUGGACAGCAUAGCCGCGUGAUGGCCCCGCACACUGUGCUUUACACAAGCUUUUGCUGAGACCUUGGUAUAAAAGGUCUCCUUAGACUUCAGGGGCAUUGGGAAAAGCCCUGAAAUGUCUUGGUUAUGUGACGAUUCUCUUUGCUGUGGAUGGAUCCAUCCCACUGGUUAGUUAGAGGCAAUUUCCUCCAGAAGGUUUGGCUGAGCCUUUCUUUAUACUCAUUGCCCUCUGCUGGUGGCAGCAAAGAUAAGCAAAUGCCCUGAAUUAGGAGGUGAUCCUUUAAAGAUCUCACAGUUAAGCCCCUGCCAGUGUUUUUUUUAAUUGUUUAAAACUAAAUUUGGCUCAUUUUGUAACUUUAAUUGAUUACAGUGCCUGGUACACGGCUGCCAUGAAGGAGCACAUGCCAUCCGAGUCAGGGUGUUUUCACAUCAGUUUCCGGCCUCACUCCUGACCUGUGGACAGUGUCCUAUAUCAUUAGCUGUCCCUCCAUGUCAGAGUAGCAGCCACCAACGAACUUUAUUCCUUGAAUUAGCACACCUGGGUGGGGCCAUGAGCACUCCAAGUGAACAGGGGCUACAGGGAGCUCCAGGCCAGGUUCUCCUUCCCAUCUUCCCUCUACUGUCUACUUUCUUCAGUGAGAAGUGAGGGAAGCUAUGACUAGCUCAGCAGCCUGGUACCCAGUGAGUCAGGGGGAGCUUAAGAGGUUAGAGAGAGAAAUGUGAGGGCUGCGUAGAAAGGCCGGAAACCAGCCUCCUACGCCAUGAUUCUACACUGCAGGGGGAUGCAAUUUUUAAAAAGAACUUCAAUCUUUUAGCACUCAAGAGCAUUAUGUUACUGUGAAGGGAGUGAGUAGCCACAUUUGUAACAAGAUGGAACGUUCUGGAACUAUUCCUUUAAAAGUUGAAAAGGUAGGGUGUGUGCUUGCUAGGCAUAUAAGCCAGAUGUGCUCCAGAGUGCUGAGAGUCCCCGAUGAAAGGUUAACAAGAAGCUAGUAUAUUUUUUAUAUUUUUGUAACAAUUGCUUUUUUUCAUGGUGGGUAGGUGGGUUAGUAUUUAUAGUCCUAACAAGUCCAAUAAUUUUUAUAGGUGUCUUCAAAUUAUAAAUAAUCCUCCAAAUUUUGCAAUGUUUACAUGUUUUUUUUAAAGACGACAAUUAUGCUUGAUUUGCUUUUUAAAUAAAAGUUUAGCUGUUCUAAGAGAUUAACUUCAAAUAGGAAUGCUGGCUAUAAUAGUUUGGAUUUUCUACAGAUUCUAUUCCCUUGCCCUUUUUCGUGCCGGUGUCACUCAAGAAAGUUGUUUGUCAUUUGGGGAUUCACUUAAGAGGCUACACCUUUGAGGUUUUUCUUCCUCCCAGUGCUCCAAGAGGCAUGUGGGUCGUGCUGUGGAAGCCUGGGCCAGGCUGGACCUGGGCAGUCACACCUCAGAGAUGACAUUCAUUUGGAUGUAGGAGCAGGCACAGGUCUGCCUGCUUAUUGCUGUUUUUCAUCAUCAGUUCUUCAGGCCUCCUCAACAGAGGUUCUUGAUAAUAGCUGUGCUGGAAAGUUCUGAACAAUAAAAUGUGUGCUCAGAAUGGUGAUUGAUCAACUCUGUCAGUAAAAUCUAAAGGGUGAAUGGGGCUGAGUGUGGUGGCAUGCACCUUAAUCCCAACACUGGGGAGGCAGGGGCAGACAGUGUCUGUGAGUUUGAGUCCUGUCUGAUCUACAUAGUAAGCGCCUAUCUCAAAACAAAAUUAAAAACAACAAAAUAGUAA